GACACCGGAGGGGUGGGAGGGAAGUGGACACAGUUGGUUUACCUCAGGUGUCCCGUAGGCUGUCGUCUGAAUCUGACACAAAAACCCCACAGCCAGGCUCCUUCCAUGAAUGUUCAAGGAAGUACAUCAUGGAGGAACUAUGCGUCUUGUCAACGUAGGAAGGAUAAGAAGGAGACUACGAGACGGUGAAGAUUGUAAUUGCAACCACUUGUUGGAAGCUAAGGAAGAAAUAUCGGACACAGGGACCGCUAGGACAAGGUGAAGCCGUCAGGACCUAGAGUAGCUCCAGUUGUUUGAUCAGGUUAGACAGGACCAUGGCAGACCACAUGGAACUAGUGGCAGAAAUGCCCCUCCUGGAGCGCCUGAGUGCUUCCGAUCGUCUGGCUCACGCCAAGAAGCGGCGCUCGCAGCAGCUGAAGCAGUGGGUUCACCGGCAGAAGGAGCUGGACAAGAAGAGCAAGAAGAGGAAAGACGUGCCAAAACAGCAGGAGAAGUCCAAGAAGAGACUGAAGUUUGUGGACACGGUCACACUUCUGGACUCCGCAGCUAGAGACGAUGUUCAAGAGGUUGCGGAGCUGCUGAAAUCUGGUGUGAGUCCAGAUAUGACCAACAGUGAUGGCCUCACUCCCCUACACCAGUGCUGUAUAGAAGGUAGUGAGGAGAUGAUGAAGGUGUUGGUAGAAGCCGGUGCUAACGUGAAUGCUGUGGACUGUGAGCUGUGGACUCCCCUCCACGCAGCCGCCACCUGUGGACACAUCAACCUGGUCCGCUACCUCAUCAACAAUGGUGCGGAUGUGUUAGCGGUGAACGCGGACGGGAACAUGCCGUACGACAUCUGUGAGGACGAGACGGCGCUGGAUUACAUCGAGUCUGUCAUGGCGCAGCGCGGGGUGACCCAGGACCAGAUCGAGCGCCUGCGGGGGGGCCGUGAGCAGACCAUGCUGGACGAUCUGAGGGACAGGGUUAACCAGGGGAUGGACCUGGAGUUUACUGACAGGGAAGGGGCCACUCCGCUUCAUAUUGCCUCGGCCAAUGGCUAUGAGAGAGUAGCAGAGUUCCUGUUGGACCACCACGUGUCUGUGGACAUCAGAGACAAGGAUGGCUGGCAGCCAAUACACGCAGCAGCCUACUGGUCACAGCCAGAACUUGUAGAUCUGCUGCUGUCUAAUGGUGCUGACUUGGAAGCAAAAACAAACUGGGGAGAGACGCCCAUGGAAGUGACAGAGGAUGAGAACAUCAGGAAGAGACUGGAGGAGUGGAAGACCAAGGCUGCUGCCAGGAAGGCCCACGACCGGUGGAGAGCCGCCCUCAGGAAAAACUCCAGUGCCAGCACUAGUAGGAGGAAAAGCAGUGCCCUGCGUAAGAGCAGCGUGCGGGAACGUGAAGAGAUGAUGAGAAGAGAGUCCCGCGGAGAGGGGAAAGCUCUGCUGGCACGGGUGGAGGAUGCAGUAGACACACGACUGGAGGAGACAAACAUUGAUGAUGUCACAGUAAACGUGGAUCCCGGAGUGCCGACUGUCACGGUCAGCGAACCAGAGGACCCCCAGAACACUACGCCAUCACAAGACACACAGUCUUUUCCCCACAGGACUGAAUCCUCUCAUGCUAGCAGUGAGAGACCUUCCUCUCCUGUCCGUGCAGUAACCUCUGCAGUCACCCCUGGAACGCCCGCAGCUCCUACAAACACAGUACCUACAGUAGCAGUAGCGCCACCUAGCGAUGCAGUACUGCAGCCCCCAGAAACAGCCAACACGGUUUCCCCGACGACUCAGAACCGCGUCGUGUCGGACGAGAACAAGGAGAACCGGGAGGGGGACAGGAGCCGGAACGGGAACCGAGACUCCGCGCUCAGGACCAUGUUGGACGCCUUCAAGUCGGACAAGUACCAGCUGGUGUCGGGCAAGCCGAAAAGCAACGGCGCUCCGCAGACUCUGGCUGAGUUGAAGCGACAAAGAGCCUUGGCACUAAGACAGCAGUUAAGCAGUGCCUUCUCCAGCGAAGGGAACAGUAACAGUAGUGACCAAGGCUCCAGGACUCCCAGUCUGGGCGUGUCCAGUCAGAACGGGGGCGAUAACGCGGCGUACCCGUACAUCAACACGACGGGGUCGCUGGACCCUCCCAUGCAGAGGUUCAGAAGUCCAGUACAGGAGGUAGUAGGGACCAGGAAGACAAGCUGCUGUGUUGUGAUGUAACAGUUGAG